GAGGAUCUUGUUAGCUUUUUUUAUAGAUGUUUGUCUCAAACAACUGCCCAAACAGGGUUUGUUUUUUGCCAAUGAUUUUACCAGCAGCAUUUAGGAUUCUAGAUCUAUAAAGAUUAUUUUUAAUGCUCAGAUUGCCAUACCAGGCAGUGAUAUUGAAACUUAAAAUAUUGCAGAUAUUAUAUAUCUAAUCUACAUCAUGAAUUAUGAUGAAUCAGAAAAGUGACGAAUGAUUCAUUCUUCAUUCACAUUGACAUUGAUUCACACUAUUCAGAGUGACUGAGACACCUGCCAUCCAUGAUGCUUGAAGAGGAUAAAGAAACUGACUUGUUUCUUAAAACAGCCUGUGCUUCUCAAUUUUGCAACAGACUUAAAGAGCAAACUAAGCCAUUAUUAUGUGCUGGUCAAAAGAACUUCUCACCUUCAAAAUCACUGCGUGAAACUAAACAUGACAAACUUAAAGAUUCUAAAGCCAAAAAAAGGCUUACAAGAGCUAAACAAGAGCCACCCAAUGGUAUCAUAGAACGCAGAUAUGGGUACAUUCCAAAUCCAAGAUGGCCAAAACCAGCUAAUGCUUACACCAAACCAUAUGAGCCUAAAGGGGUUGGAGCCAAUGAUGCUUCAGGAGUCCAGGGUGUCUUAUUUAGAACACAGCAAACUUUGAAGCCAAAAAGGCCUAGCAGAUCUACAUCCAAUCAUUCUUAUAUAGAAAGUGAUUUUCCUGAACUGAGUUUUUCAGCAGUUCCUAGGUCUCUGAAAUCUUCCACCCCAAGUAAUUCAUUUGUGUCUGGCAGAAAUGAGGAGUCUUCCUCCGGUGCUAAGAAGUUUUCUGGAGUUAAAUAUCCUUCAAUGGAUAUGAAUACAGAUAAGUCACUAUCUCCAAAAACAUCAACUCCUGUAGACAACAAUGUCUAUGUUCACAGUCCAUCUCCUUGCCCAGUACCAGUAGUUUCACAGUCUACUUCUUUAGAUGUGGAGAAAUCAUUAACUGACUGUUGUGUUCAUACACCAGAAAGUCAUGACUUGGUCAGCAGCAAGGGCAGACGAUUUCAAUCAAGGCAAUCAGGAUCAAGUCCUGUGCUCUCUGAUAGUAGUAGUCACUCUAGUCUUUCCAUCCCGUCACCAUAUUUUCACCACAGAAGUAUCACAACUGAAUGUCAGGCUUUGGCAAAUGAGAGUGGAUCUAGCAGAGCUUUGCCCUUAGCUUGUGAUGUCAGUCAAACCAGCUCAACAUUCCAGUCCCAUGGUUCUUCUUGGUCUAGCAUUGUCAGGGAGAGCUCUCCUUUUCAUGUUUCUGAGAAGAAAAACUGUUCAGACACCAGCCCUUCCAUGUUUCCAAACAAGUGGAAAGAAAACAAGCCUGGUAGGUUGUCAGACUUGACUCGCCCAGGGUCCCCUCUCAGUGGGUCAUGCGAUGCUAGUCAGUCUCCUGUGAUGUCCUGGUCACAGGUGGCAAAAGUUUCACUCUCCAUUGGCCCAGAGGGAAACGCACAAAACUCUUCAAAAAAUGCACCUGUUAAAAAUACCUCUUGUGAGAAUGAAAAUAUAAAAUUGCACUCCAGGCCUGUUGAGAACACAGUUGAAAGUGAGAACAGAAAUGAUAAGUCAAAAAGAGGUUUGGCAAGAAACAAACAUGCUAAAAGUAGUAACAACAAAACUGUCUCAGGCUUUCAGCAGACCAAACAAACAAAUCAUUCCAGAACAAGUCUCAUACAGUUGGAGGACUAUAUAACUCCUAAAAAACAGAAUGGCAAAAAAAGUGGCUCAUUGGGAAAGAAAAAUCUGUCGAUGCUUGAGAAUCGUUUUAUCGAACAUAUAGAAGCCAGUGCUUCAUCCCCACCCAAGAAAGUGCGCCCAUCACCUGUUAAAAAACUAAGUUUUAUGAAAAACCCUUCUUGUGAUAGCUCAUUUCCAGAUAACUCUGGUGAUGCUAAACUUAACAUUAAACAAAAGAAUGACUCACAGCCUCUCCCUUUACAAGACUCGCAGCCUCUUACACAAGAUUUUGACAGUGUGAUGCAUAAUGUGAAAGAAGUGGAAGCAAAGAUAAAAGCAAGGUCUAAAGAGAUAAAUAUGUCCGUUCUGUCCAAGAGAAUGACAGAACGUAGAAGUCCAGUUCUUUCACUGGAAAGCCUCCUUAAUGCUGAAAAGGCAGUUGCCAAUGAUAAAAAAGAUUUUUUUGUUCUUGAGAAUGAAGAUGAAGAUGAAUAUAUAAAUGCCAAGAGUUCAGCCAGCCAUCAGGCAGAUAUUUUUUGGAAGACAAAGCAUGUGACAGAAACAUUGAUAAACUGUUGCUCGAGUGAUGUUCCGGUUAUUCAGCCCGAGUCUAGCGAGGAUGAAGACAAUGUUCCAGACUUCACACUUCCAUACUAUCAAGUCACACAAAAUGUGAAUGUAGAGCAAGAGAAUGUCAGUGUCGUGGCAGACCCUGAAAAAGUCACAUGUAAACUUUGUCUUAAAAAGUUAGUCCGGCGAUACUGUCAGUUCAUUGAAGAACAUGAAGUUCCAAAUGUAUCAGUGGAAAUUUUCUUCCUCAUACAAUUGCUGACUUGUAGUCAAGUGGAUCAAGACAGUCUUCAAUAUGUUGACCAUCAUUUAGGUGGAACAUACUUUCGUUCAGUGCACAAUGGUGUUUAUUUUGCUGUGGCUGUCAUUAAAAGGCUAAGAAGUUUGUUCUUAUGUUUGGAUAACACUUACUUGGAACUGUUGGCAGCGUCAGAAAGAAUUAAAGUAUUUUCUCCAAAGCUGCACAUUUUUUUCAAAUCUGCAUCAGAGAAUAGAAAAAAGGUUGCUGUGACAACUUUCAGUAUAGGCCACAAUACAUUCAACCCUCAAGAAGACGGUUUUCUCAGCUUCCCAGAUUCUAAUUAUGCUCAUGUUUUUAAAUGUCAAAGAGAUAAUUUUUAUGCCUUCUAUCGUCACUACCAUGAUACAGAAAGUAUUUAUGAGUUUAAAAUAGAGAAUCAAAUUCAGUAUGUGUAUGAUGGCUGUACACCGGAACAAAACUCCAUGUUCAAUUUGAUACAUCUUGCAAAACUCUUUGUGGAUCACAUGAUUUUGUGCUGUGUUCAUCAGAGCCAAGAGAAAAUUGAUGUAGUCAAAAUGAUUGAAAACAAAGGGCAGAAUGAGGAAAUGUUUAACUCCUUGUAUGAGAGCUUCCUGUGCAACUUGAGCCCCAGUGAGGUGACACCAUGUCCAGCUCCUGGUUUCACUGAGACUCAGAUGUUCUUUAAAGAUUUCUUGGAGACACUGAGCUGUCCAGCCUUCAAUGAACAUCUGCGCAACAUUCUUGUCAGUAAAAUACUCGAGUUGAAUUCCGCUGAUUAUGGCCUUGUUAGAAAUUUACAUUCUAUUCAAGCCAUUGAAGAAGAUCAGACUCCAUUGAGAUGUCACAAAUUUACUGAAUCUGUGUUAACCCUUCGUUUGCUGGCCAAAAUGUUGGGAUACUUAACAUUUUUACCUUAUAAUGUGGGCAUGCAGGCAAUGCCUCCAGAACAUGCAAGUUCUAUUAUACAAAUGAGAGAACUGAACCCAUUGCCUUUGCCAUUGCCUGCACUGAUCAAGAAGGCUUAUGACAGUGGUCAUUUGAGUUUAACUAUCCCAUGGAUCGUUGAGUAUCUCUCUAUGAUGGACCCGAUGGCACCAAAGUUAUCUGUGUAUGAUUCUUUGCUUCGAAAAUUACAUUACAUCCAAAGAUAUGCCUGGACAAGUUUAUACAAAGAAGGUCAUACAAAUACUGCAGUGUUGAUAGUCUCUUGUAUCAGCUGGCUAUUUGAGAUGCCAUCAAUCCCCUCAGGUUUUAGUUUAUCCUGUGAUAAAUCUGUUGAUCAACAACACUUCUGUGAUUCUACAAACACAUUUCAUGUUGAUCGCCAGAAGCUGGUCACUCCAAGUCUUCUGUCUCUGGCAUGUCCUUACUUAGAACAAGGUGAGAUCCUGCUGAUUCAGUUUGGUUUAAACCAGACGCCAGCAUCAAAGGAGCGUCAAGUGUUGCCUGUGAUAGCUGCUGGGGAUGAAGUCCUGCCACUUCAAGAGAUGAAACCUCACACAGAACUCCAGGACAUUGUAGAAUGGUUAAAUUCCUCUCUUACAUUGGAUGCUAGUGAACAGAGUCUGCAUAGCAAAACCAGUGUGAUUGAUGAUGAGGUGAUUCCAGCCUAUGUGCUCACCAGACUUUUUACUUCUAGACAUGGAAAUGAAAUGGCCGAGCUAGAAAUUAACUUUAUCCAGAACAACCCCUACAUCAAAACCUGUGUAAAUAUGGCAGUAGAGUUGAUCACUGCUAAAAUAUUUGACUACACCCUCAGAACUAUUUUACGGGUGCUUGUGUUUGAAGUCAAAGUGGAGAUAAGGUCACAGUUUGAGGGCACGUCUCAGGGCCAGCAUUCUGAAACCCUCAAGGACAGGAUCUUGGCACAGUCUUACAUAAUAGCCCACAAGUACAUGGCCAGGGCUAAAACCAGUUUCUAUGAAGUUGUGGACAUGUGCUGCAGUAAAGAAUUGACACAGCUGCUAACAUUUCUGACAUCUGGUCAUAGGGAAGAAAUACAAAAGUGCUGUAUUCAUCUUUCAAAGAGGCUGGUCUUGGAACGAGUGAAAGAAUGGACCAAAGUUCAAAUCUAUCCAGAAUUUUUUCAAAGAAUCAUCAACAAAGAAGUAGAAAAAUGUAACAAUGGCAACCCUAAGCAUCCAAGUUUGUAUCCAACAGACUUCUCUAAGAAACUGGAAACAUUGCCAACAUCCGAACUGUGCUCAGGAUUUGAUGAAAUGGAACAGCUGUCAGAACUUAUUGAUAAAGCCUUGUCCUAUGGUGUAUGGUACAUCAAUGCCCUAACCCCAGGCACACGUCCAGAUGGUAAGCACAUGAUAGAACUUAUUGAAGAUUUCAUCAGAUGUGUGGAGAAAAGCAUGGUAACUAUGGACUUUGCCUUCUAUGUUAUGUCCAAUUUUCUGAUGCAUCUGAUCAUACAAUACAUUGUGGAUGCGCCAGAGAAUUGGACUGAUGCAGCAGCUGCUACCUUCCUGCGGCUGUGCCAUGUGUGUAAAGCCAAGAAGUUGGAGAAUGACAAGUUGACUAUCAAGCUGUCUGAGUCAGUCAGGAAGAAGAAGAGAAUGAAAGUGAAAGUGCUGAACCUCAUGUCUGUCCACUCUCUGGUCUGGCUGACACAAAGUGAACAAAUGAAUGAGACCUUGAUGGCCUAUUGCAAGUUGAUCUUCCAGCUUGUUGAGUCACAUUUACUGUGCAUAGAGACAGUGUGUGCUAAACUGACUCAGUCCAGAGACAACCAUAAUGUCAGCUUGACUGUCAAGAAACUCAUCAACCAGAUUCUAGUGAAGCUAUUGGAGAUGCUAUGGGAGAGCCCUGUCACUCCUCAGACACUCAGCUACAGCAGGGAGAGAAUCCUGGUCUUACUUCAAAGCUUAGUCUCCCCUGUCAAUGGACACACAAGGUCUGAGUGGGAAGAGCACUUACAUGCAUUGCUCACUGCAACAUUUGGUCAUGUUCUAGAGAAAUCAUGUUCUAGAUGACUCUCUUGUUCCCCUAACACAUAAAUGAAGUUUUCUGUACAAAAUGUUGAUAUUUUAAAGUGUAAAGAACAUAAUUUUAAUCAUGUGAUUUUAUGUCAUGAAAAGUCAAAUAUAUUUUUACCUUUUUGUGCAAUAUUUAUUUCUAUCUUAAUAAA